AUGUUCACCCAGUCACAGAAUUUCGUCGUCCAAGGGGGCGAGUUCUUUAAUUCCGAGAAACUCUAUAGAGUGGUCAACAGAGAGCCCAAACCAGAUCCAUUCGAUCUUCUCCAUCGGCACCGCGCAGUGCAGGCAACACACAAAUCGCCUUUGGCGUCCUACGCAGCCAAGUGCAAAUCCGGGACUAGAAAGGAAGUCAUUAACGACAUCAUCUCCUGGACAAACCGCUCAGAUGACACUCCAAUCCUCUGGUUUUCGGGGCCCGCAGGAGGUGGCAAAACCUGCAUUCAGCGAGACGUUGCGCGCCAGGCAGAAUCCUCGAAAUCCCUCGCCGCGUCCUAUUUCUUCUCCAGUUCGAAGCGCAACCCAGGUCUCGACAGCGCGAGUCCAUUUGUGGCGACUAUCGUGCACCAAUUCAUCUACUCCAUUCCAGAGAUGAAGCACUACGUUGCGCGUGUGUUGAGGGACCGCCCAGAUAUCUUCGAAGAGUCGUUGGAUGUGCAGCUGGAGGCGUUGGUCCUGGACAUUUUGCCGAAGCUGUCAAAGCAGGCGCUGGCCAAGGCUCCGCGUUCUUUGAUCAUCGACGGUCUGGACGAGUGUCGGGACGCGAGCGAGAGACAGCAUCUUCUUCGGCUGCUUCGAACGCUAGUUUCGAAUUCGUAUAUCCCUUUCCGCGUCGUAGUCGCAAGUCGUCCGGAAUUGGACAUCCGCACCACCUUCAAUACGGUUCCUUUGCGCUCCGUCGCGCACCAUGUUCGGUUGGACGACUAUGAUGGUACGAGUGACAUUCGCAGCUACUUUUGCGACGAAUUUACCCGCAUCCGGGAAUGCCAUCCGUCCGCAUCGUCGAUCCCCGACGACUGGCCACCGGAAGAAGAUGUCGAAUUACUGGUGGCGAAGGCAUCCUCGCAGUUUAUAUUUGCGGCCACCGUCAUUCGAUUUGUAGACUAUCCUAAACAGAACCCAGUCACCCUCCUUCAACAUGUCCUAUCAUAUACGUCCUCUGUACCGUCGUCCUUAAAAGGCGGUGACGAUAAUCCCUUCUCAGAGCUCGACGCGCUUUACACGAUGAUUCUUCUUCCUUCCGUGUACGCCAAUCCCCGCGACUCAUACCAGAUCGAUAUUCCCCUCCUUCGGCGUCUCUUACAUACAAUCAUGGUCAUGAUCCCUCCUCAAGGACCGAUUCCAACUCAAUCUCACCAACUCUUUCUUGACAAAUUCCUUUCUCUUCCUCCAGGAACAACAGAUAUGACAAUCUGUGAUCUCCACUCUCUUCUCAAGGUCCCCAAACCCCAUUAUUCUCAAUCUCAUCCACCGCGCGAUUCCCUGUUCUCCGGCACUGGGUCUUCGUCGAUGACUCCCGACUCGGAGGAAGACUGGGUGCCCCUAACUCCCAUCCAGUUCCAUCACAAAAGCAUGGAAGAUUACCUCUGCUCUCCAAAGCGCAGUGGAAUCUUGUACCAGUCACGGGAAGACACCAAUAUCCAGUUGGCCGAAUGUUGCGCGUUUCAUUUAAUGUGCUGGGAAGAAGGCGACGACGACACCAAUUCCAAUCCAAGCCCAAGGUCAUCAUCGACACCGAUGGCUACUGGAGGGAUCUUACCCUAUUCCUACGAGCAUUGGGAAAAAUACCUCAUGGAAGGGCUUUCUGGACUGACUCGGGAAACCUCACCAUUCAAAGUUGGAGGCACAGCCACGAGCCCACUUGCAUUGGCCCGGGAGGAAACUCUCAAGGCCCGUCGGAAUGCUUCCAAAACCCCAAAGUCCAUCACGAACGGUGAGGCCUCUGGGGUUCGUGACGGCCAGCCAACUCCCGAGAAGGCAUUACCUGUAGCACUCCAGAAUCUCUGCGACUUCGACCCCAUGAUAAUCGUUCGCUAUAGAUUUUUGCACUGCAUCACUGCAGCCAAUUCUGAGUUCCCAUUUACGCUCGCGGCGCACAGGGAUGGGAGGGAUGUGCGGCUAUUGGAUGUUGUGCACGAACUUAUGUGCUAUGACGCCUUCUCAGGAUGCACAAAGCUUUGCAAAAGGUUGAACAGACUCGAGCGUCACUGGUUCAAAGCGGCUCGAUUCUUUGCACAAUACGAAGAGCGGACUAGUGGCACUUCCGAAGCAUCCGUUGGGCACGACAUUUCGUCCAAGAUGGAGCUUCUACCUUUAAUCGACAACCUUCUGAGGGUAAAGCAUCGGCGUCCACAAGGGCCAGGCACACUGAGAGUUCGUCACUCGGGGCGAACUAGCCAGGAGCCCAGCGUUGUAAGCCCCACCUCAAGUCCUGAAAGCGAUCUGGCCAACUCGCCCCAGUUUUUCAAUCCUUUCACCAAUACUAGAAUCCCAGUUACGAAACAUACCAGGCGAGCCUCUGUGCCUCUGUCGAAACCGUUGCCUCCUUUGCCGCAUGACCGGCCUCCCGGUCGUUUCUCCCUUGCACUUACAUGGCCGUUCAGAAAGACUAGCACGUAG